AAUGGUGCCAACAGACAAGUAUUCAUUGCAAUAAUUCAUUGCAAUAAUCAAUCCAAUACUUUUGCAAAGCUGCUCAUCCCAUGGCUUCCUUUCAGCUUCUGCUUCUGCUUCUGUUCUGCUUUCUAUCGUGUCCCCUUAUCUCUUCCACAGCACUACUUCAAAGAACGAAGCCCUACAUUGUUUAUAUGGGAAGUUCAGGGGAUGAUCACAAGGGAGAAGUAGGUGCCAGAAUUGCAGAGUCAGCCCAUUUGCAUUUAUUGUCAUCCAUUAUACCCAGCCAGGAGAGUGACAGAAUAUCUUUAAUCCAUUCUUAUCACCAUGCUUUUAAGGGGUUCUCUGCAAUGCUUACUGAGCAUGAAGCUUCCUUGUUAUCUGACCACCCUGAGGUCCUAUCUGUCUUCCCUGAUUCGGUUCUUCAACCCCAAACAACUCGUUCUUGGGAUUUCUUGGAUGCUCAAUCUGGCGUUGGAUCAAGGCUUGGUUAUUAUCAACACCAUCACUCAUCAUUACAUGAUGUUAUAAUUGGAGUAAUAGAUACAGGCAUAUGGCCUGAGUCUCCAAGCUUUAAUGAUGACCAUAUGGGGCAAAUACCUUCAAGAUGGAAAGGAGUUUGCAUGGAGGGAUUUCAAUUCAACAAGUCUAGUUGUAAUAGGAAGUUGAUUGGUGCAAGAUUCUAUGAGGUCCUGUCAAGUUUCCCAUACUCACCAAGGGAUGAUCCCGAGGGACAUGGGACACACACUGCAUCUACUGCAGCUGGUUCGCCAGUUGCAAAUGCUAGUUUUUACGGUUUGGCAAGAGGUACAGCCAGAGGUGGGUCUCCUUCUGCUAGGAUUGCAAGUUAUAAGGUCUGUUCAGAAAAUGGUUGCUCAGGUGCUGCUACUAUGAAGGCCAUUGAUGAUGCUACUAUGGAUGGAGUUGACAUAAUAUCAAUUUCAUUGAACUCAACAAUUCAGAAGGAAUUUUUAGAAGACCCCGUUGCCAUUGGAGCAUUCCAUGCUGAGCAAAUGGGGGUGAUGGUAAUUUGUGCUGCUGGAAAUAUUGGUCCGGAUGCAUAUACGGUUUCUCACACAGCUCCAUGGAUCCUUACAGUUGCAGCUUCUAGUAUUGAUAGGGAGUUUCAGUCUAGGGUGAUCCUUGGCAAUGGAAUAACUAUUAAAGGAUCUGCAAUUAAUUUUUCAAAUCUCACUCGGUCAAAGAUGUAUCGGCUGGCACUUGGAGAGCACGUUGCUAUUAAUAAAACCCUUGCAUCAGAUGCAAGGAAUUGCGUUCCAGACUCGUUAGAUUCCUCAAAAGCUUCAGGAAAGAUAAUCAUAUGUGUUAUUAACGACCGAACUAUUCACGCAUUUGAUAGGGCAUCUGCAGUAGCCAAGGGGUGGAUUUUAGUUGGCGAAAACCCAGAAGAUGGAACUUAUUUUGCAGGUUCCUUUCCUUUCACUGUAGUUGAGAAGCAUGAAGGGCAUAUGAUCUUCAACUACAUGAAGUUCAGCAAGAAACCUGUAGCAACUAUUCUUCCAUCGGUUGACGUCUUAGGGAUUAGACCAUCGCCAGUUGUUGCAUCUUUCUCAUCAAGAGGCCCAGGAAACUUCACAGAAAAUAUUCUCAAGCCUGAUAUAAUGGCUCCAGGAGUGGACAUUUUGGCAGCAAUUCCUCCAUUGAAGGAUAAAGAAGGUCUUCCCAGUGGGACAUCAAAUUUUGCCAUUAAAUCUGGAACUUCCAUGGCUUGCCCCCAUGUAUCAGGGACUGCCGCAUUUAUAAAAGCAGUGCAUCCCAAUUGGAGUUCAUCAAUGAUCAGAUCAGCUCUCAUGACAACAGCGACCAUUUAUAACAACAUUGGGAAGCCAUUGACAAACACCUCAAGAUAUCUUUCAAACCCACAUGAACGUGGUGUGGGAGAAAUAAGUCCAGCCAGAGCUCUCGAUCCAGGCCUAGUCUUUGAAACCACAGAAAAAGAUUAUCUGCGUUUCCUUUGUUAUUAUGGAUACCCACAGGAAACAGUAAAGAACAUGACGAAGACAAAAUUCAAAUGCCCAAAGGGAUCUCGCGAAGAGCUUAUUUCAAGUAGUAUCAACUACCCAUCAAUCUCCAUAGGCAAGCUCGAUCAAAACCACCCAGCGCAGAUCAUUAGAAGGAAGGUGACCAAUGUGGGGUCUGCAAAUGCCUCAUAUUAUUCCAGAGUUCAUUCUCCAGGGGGAUUACUAGUAAAGGUUUCUCCAAAGAAAAUCAAUUUUAAUGAGAAUAAGAGAAAGGCAUCGUUUAGAGUCUUGUUUGAUGGCAGGAAAGCUUCCAAAGGAUACCAUUUUGGAUACGUAAUUUGGUCUGACGGCCAUCAUAGAGUUCGUGUCGUUUAUGCAGUUAAUGUUCACUAAAUGUCGUUUAUAGUUAUUCUAUGUAUUAUGGGGGUGAGUCACAUCUCCAGACGAGGGGGAAGGAAGCAUAUGCUUUGAAAGCACUAUAUAAAAUCCCCAGUAAUUAAUUUUAAAUUAUAAUUAUGGUAUGUUAAUGAAGAAUAAUCAAAUUUAAUCAA